AUGAACAAUGUUGUUAUAUACGGGUCAGAACCUAGGCUUUCAGGUCAUUGGCUCGCGUGCGGCCCUCACACCACAGCUUCUUCCCCCCGAAGGGCCUCAGUGCCAGUGCCAAAGCCCCGCAAGGACUCUGUUUUAGUCCUGGUAGAAGUUAAGAUUAUUGUACAACUCAAGGAGGUGAGCGGAAUGCUGGGGAAGGAGAAGGGGGACCACAUGGCCGACGUUCUGCUGUCCCUCAAGCACGCCGUGGUCCAUCCGCACCAGGUGGGUGACUCGCCGCCGCCGCCGCCCCUCAUGCACUCCCACCACCCGCUCCCCCCCUUCCACCCCCCGCCCCCCUACUCCCCGUCCACCUACCCGCCCUACACCCACACGCCCACCUACAUGUCCCUAGCGCCCCUGGUGGCCCCAUCCCCCCCGCCCGACCCCUCCAUCACAGAGCCGCUCCUGCCGCCGCCCGUGGGCUCGCCGCACUCCGGCGCCCCGGGCGACGCCGACCUUCCCCCGGCCACGACCCUGGGCGAGGCCGUCACCCUGCCCGACGCCAUCGGGGCCACCUCCCCUCCCCCUCCCUCCCUGUCCACCGCCCUCAGCGCCCAGGGCUCGCUCAGCUUCGGGGCGGCGACGCUGGGGAGCAACUCGGGGCCUUUCGGGAGCAGUAUGGGCUCCCUGGGGGGGCCUCUGCCGUCCAUGGGGUCCUCGGGAUAUUCUAGUCCUAUAGGCAGUUCCUUAGGCGGAUCCCUCGGGGGUCCUCUCCUGCCGCCGCCUCCGUCGAUGUCUCCUUUCUCGUACCAGCAAGGCCAGACCCUGCGCCUGCCCUCGCCCCACGGCCCUCGGCGCGCCAGGAGGAAGGGCACGGCUCGCCGGCACGGUCCUGCUGCUGAUUGGCCGAAGCCACUCAGCCAAUCAGCGGCCUGGACUCGGCCCGCUGACCUGACCCGACCGGCUGAUGACGCAGUUGUAGGUUGGUAG